CAACAUCCUCGUCAUAUCAGCCUCAAAUCCUCCCUCGCAGCAGACACUCCACCACGCAGCGUCGCAACGCAUCACUUGCGGUCCACAGGGCUCACUUGGCCACAUCUUGCAUCCAGCAAACAUCUCUCACUCUCCAUCAAAAUUCUCUUUCCUUCCUCUGUGGUACGUGAUUGCCACUUGGAGCAGCAUCGCCUUCGUGCCUCAAGCUUUCACUUCCGCAAGCACAAAGAUGAGGCGGCCUCGAUCUUCUUUACAGCGUUUGGUGGUGGCGAUGGCGAGUGUCAUAUUGCUGUCGUCUUCUCACAAUCAAGCAUUGCAAAUAGAGACCUUUACGGGCAGUCCAGCCAAUCUAGCCAGUCUAGUCAUGCAAUCCGUUCCAAGCACUUUGCACGAUUGGUGGGGUAGCGAUGACUCUGCCGAGGCAGGCGUUAUCAAAGGAUUUAGACUAGCGUCCGCCCACCAUCAAUCUUACGACGGUCGAAGGGCCAUGUAUGCGCCAUGGCAGCGUCCCAGCAUCGAGCGGCUUAGCCUACAGACCGGAGGCGAGAUGCGAAGCUUGAACGCUCAGCCUUUCGCUUUGCGAUCCGUGCAGAAACCUGUCACGCGGCUGCGCGAUCCGAAGAAAUAUCUCGAGGCAAGACGGAAAGACUUCGUAGGAGCCCUGUCUGCAUUCCAGGCGGAUGAAGACUCGUUCGAGACAGUGUCCAUCUCUCAGCCCAACGUAUCUGACCGACUUACCCUCAGGACGCUCGCGCAGAUGUCAAAUCUGGCCUACUACGCGCCCAACGAUACGGGCGUGCCAGAUGGAGGUUGGAACGCUGAUGGAGGCUGGAACUUGAGCAGCAGCUUUGGUUGGGUCGAGGACGGCAUUCGAGGUCAUGUGUUUGCCAGUGAGGAUAAUAAGACUGUUGUGCUGGCGCUGAAGGGCACCAGCGCUGCAGUGCUCCCGGGUGGCGGAGGAGAGACAGCAAGGAGAGAUAAGAUGAACGACAACUUGCUCUUCUCGUGCUGCUGCGCCCAUGUCGGUUGGACAUGGCACACCGUUUGUGACUGCUUUGGGGACUCUGCUCCGCCCGACGACCCAGACGGCAAUUUGACUUCCAUCGGAUCAGAGCUGUAUCGAGCAGCCUCUGUGCCAACUUGUAGCAAGAACUGUCUUUCGCGAGCCUUGGUGGAGAAGAGUCUGUACUACCCGGCGACAACAGAUCUUUACAACAAUGUCAGCUAUUUGUAUCCUGACAGCCAAAUUUGGGUGACUGGCCACUCUUUGGGAGGAGCUCUUGGAGCCUUGAUCGGAUACACUUUCGGCGUGCCUGUCGUCUCAUUCGAAGCGCCAGCAGAGAGGAUGGCCGCUCAGCGACUUCAUUUGCCAUUCCCAAAGGGCCACACACCGGCUGAUGCGGCGCACGUGACCAGUGUUUAUCAUACCGCUGAUCCUAUCCCUAUGGGAGAAUGCAUCGGUUCAAUCAGCGCGUGCGCCACCGCCGGCUUUGCAAUGGAAUCCAAGUGCCACGGCGGUCAAGUUGUGCUGUACGACACGGAAAGGCUGCUGGACUGGAGCAGUAACGUGCUGACGCACCGCAUAGCCACGCUGGUGGAUGACGUGUUUGGGAUGGACUGGGGAGACAAAGUCAGGGAGUAUCAAGAGGGCAAGAAAGGAUCCAAAAUUGAUGAAGACGAGCUGAAGAGAUUACAACAGACGCCCCUCAUCACGAAUGAGCGCAAAUGCGUUGAGUGCCAAGCGUGGAAGUAUGUGGACAAGGAUCUGCCGUCCAAAGCGGAAUAUGGUCUGUCUAUCAACAGCUAGGUGACUCCCCUUUCCGAUACGGAAACGCGCUUCUCAUGCAAGUGGCAACGGCAUCCACGGUCAUCUCUCGGCUCUCCCACAACAUAUUCACCCUUUGCAUGCAGCACUCCUUUCCCCCAAUGUUGUAACAGUACAGAAAACAUCUGCAGUCCUGCGUCUUGACCCUGUUGAUACGGAACUUGCCUCGCAAUGCAGAUACAUCUGAUCGAUG